AUGGGACUAUCAAAAUGGGAGGAAGAUCUUCUCAAGAAUGCAGAUGCUGUUAUAGAUAAGUCCCCAAUGGAACCCCUCUAUGCUGGUGUGUUCUUUAACCAAAAUAGAAAGAAGUAUUGGAUUGACAAGGCAACAUUUGGCAACUGCUUCAUGGUUUUUGCAAGGGACUUUUCAGUCGCAUGGGGCAGUGAUAAACGUUAUUGGGAUUGGCCAAGCAUUAAAGAAACAAGUGAAGUGUUUAUAGAUGUUGCGGAAUUGCUACAAGUUAGUUGGUUAUCGGUGGGGUCGAAAUUUGACACAGCCAAUUUAACAGUAGGAAUGAAUUAUGAAGUUGUAUUUGUGAUGAUGCUUAAAGAAGAUAGUGAUGGGUGGAGUGCUCCGGUCACUUUUAGACUCGACCUGCCAAACGGAAACAAACAACAACAUGAAGAAAGCUUGCUUAAAAAGCCAAGAUUGCAGUGGUUUGAGAUUCAGGUGGGAGAAUUUAUGGUGGAACCAAAAAACGAUGGAAUUAUCAAGUUCAUGUUGGGAGAAACUAAUUCCGGGGGUUGGAAGAGAGGUUUAGUCGUCAAAGGUGUGGUCAUCCGACCAAAAAAUUUCUUGCAGCUGAAGGCCGGUGGUGCAAUACCUGCAAAAGGAAAGAAAGUGACACUGAUUAUUAGAAACGUUAAUGAUUUAAGCCGUGAUGUCAUAAAGUCUGACACUGCAAGUGUAAAAAUCCCGGAAAUUGAUUUGGAGCUUGCGGGUGGCACUUUAGGAGGUCUUGUGACAACUGUCGAAGGUCUUGAGAGAGUACACGGGUUCACUUUUGGAGAUAGUCUGGAUGAGGAUAGAAGAAGCAAAUGGCUCGACUUCAAAGCCAGGCUCCUCAAGCUUCUGAAUAUAGAAGAACCUUGGACACUGAUCUUAGAUGAUGCUCUGGCAAACUCUUUCAUUGCACCAACAACUGAUGAUAUUAAAGACGACUUUCAGUUAACUUGAGGGUGUUCGUCAAAAUACAUGUUAGUUAUUUGUUCCGACACUGCAAGUGUAAAAAUCCUGGAGAUUGAUUUGGAGCUUGCAGGUGGCACGUUAGGAGGCCUUGUGACAAUUGUCGAAGGUUUAGUCACCAAAAUCAAUGAAAAUCUUGAGAGAGUACACGAGUUCACUUUUGGAGAUAGUCUGGACGAGGAUAGAAGAAGCAAAUGGCUCGAAGUUGAUGAAUAUGAGAGAUCAUGGGAACAGAACCAGGAGUUGGGGUUGAAUGACAUGGACACCUCUUCUGCUGAUCUGGCAUAUGCUUCAUGCAUGAAAUCAGAUGGCUUGUAUCAUAAUUAA